CGCCACGAUUUACUCCAACUCGCAUCAUUCAAAGAGAAAACAACAGUCACGAUAGAGUAAGCUACAGAUCUAAGACAUUACAACACCAACAAAAAAUCAGGAACCAAGUCAUUGAAGAUGGACGAGAAUCCUGUAGAUGAAGUUUCUGUUGGUUCUGUAGAUGCUCAACAACUCCUGCAAAUUGCAACAUCUUCUGACAAUGCAACAAAAAGCAGACAGCAGCUGGAAACCUCUAUUUCCACCAACAGUGCCAACAAUGAACAAGAAGAAGGUGUGACAUCAAACAGAUCCAAGUCAGACUACACUAGUUUGGGGUUGGCAUUCAAAAUCAUUGAGGAAACAAAACAAUUCUACAAGAACUAUGCUCACGAUCUUGGCUUCAGCAUGAGGGACAUGGGAACUGUCAAACGUUCUACAAAAUGUCAGCCAACCAAAACAACACGAUAUGCUAGGUAUUGUUGCAGCAAAGAAGGGUACAAGACAACAAACAAGUCAAAUCCCAAGAAUAAAGGAUCAAUCGAUGUCAAGGCUUAUCCACGUGUUGUACCAGACACUAGAGUCGGCUGCCCAGCUAUAAUCAAAUUCAGAUAUGAUAUCAAGAAGGAUGAAUGGCUGCUGGACAAGUGGAUAACAAAACACAACCAUGAUCUCCUCCCUCCAAAAUUCAAGCAUGUGUUAAGGUCAAACAAGGGGAUCUCAGAAAUGCAUGCAAUGGUCGCAAAAGUGCAUGCAGAUCGUGGAGUUUCACUACGACAAUCAUACGAGUUGUUCACCACAACUUCAGGGGCGAGGUUGAAUGUACCUUUUACCCCUCAUGAUCUGAAGAACUAUAUCACAGGGACGAGGUAGAAAUCAAUGAAACCAGGCAAAGCAACUAUACUUCUUCAACAUUUUAGUCGGGAAGCUUAUAAGAAUCCAUCAUUCUUCUAUGAAAUUGAGGUGGACAAUAACGAAGAUAUGGCAAGUAUAUUCUGGGUUGAUGCAAGAAUGUGGUUCGACUACAGUUUCUUUGGAGAUACGAUCAGUUUCGACACCACAUACCGGACAAACCAGAAUUAUCGUCCACUAGAUCAGUGUUCCUUGCACUAGUUAAUUUUCAUGAGAUUUCAAAGUUGAAUGCACACCAAACAUUACGCAAUGCAUACCAUAAGUAACAUAAAACCACGCCAAAAACUCUUAAAACAAACGGGAAAAAAAAAACAUGAAACAUUCUUUUUCAGAAUCCUCACCACAAACCUCCUAACCCACACAAAACACGUCCUGAAACACACCAUGUAUAUCAUAAAAGACAGUCUGUUUGUUUCAAUACUUAAUUCUAUGUUGUUCUUUUUUUAACAAAAUUACAGCUUUGUUUGUUGACUUCAACCACCAUCGCGCACUCUGCAUCUUCGGGACUGCUCUCCUAUAUGAUGAAACAACCGCUACAUUCAAGUGGUUGUUCGAUGCAUUCUUGAAAUGUAUGUCAGGCACCCGACCAACAUCAAUAUUCACCGACCAGGCCUGGGAUUAGAUUCGUCAUUCCUGAAGCAUUCCAUGAAUUGUGUACUUUUCAUAUCAAGCAGAAUGCAGUGAAGCAUCUCGACACCAUAAACACAGACAUUCUAGAAUAUCUGAAAUAUGUCACUUUUGUAAUAGAAAAUGAAGAAGAAUUUGAGUACAAUUGGUCAAAGUUGCUACACACAUAUUAUCCAGAAGAAGGCACCAAUCCAAGAAACUGGUUGGAUUCAAUUUACAAGGUGAGGAAACAGUGGUCUUCAGCAUGGUUUAAGGACCACUUCACAACUGGUAUGCGAAGCUCACAACUGAGUGAGUUUUGUAACAGCAACCUCAGAAACUACCUUCAAUCAGAUGACAACCUAGUUGAGUUCUUCACAUACUUCAACAAGUUGCUCGAACGGAAAAGAUCAGACGAAAUGGACAUGGAUUAUCAAAUGGCAAACACAGUCCCAAACAACAUAUAUGUAUUACUUCCUUUAUUUUAACUUUUUAUAAUGUAGAAUGCAUCCACAAGUCUCCUUGUGCAAACAAAAAACAGUAGCAAACACCCCCACAAUCGAUAUAAAACCCUACCAGAACAGUAGAAUACAAACCAGACACCACCCUAAACGACCCAUAAACCCUACAAUCCACACCAUACAUCACCUAAUACAACUCAUAAACUCCACAAUGCACACUGCACCACCUUAAACAACCCAUGAACUCCACAAUCCACACCACGCACGACUUAAAAUAACGGCUAAAUUACACAUUUGGUCACUCAGAUUAUACAAACCUUUCACGUUUGCCACCCGAAUUACUUUUCUUUCUUAUUCGCCACUAACUUUGAGAAUCGUUUCACCGUUAGUCACCGGCCGUUACAUUCCGUUAACUUUGUCCUACGUGGCAGUCAACUAUAAAAUUUGACUGUUAAC